UGCACGGACCAUCCCUAUUAAUGUAAUGGGUUGCUAACCAAGCCGAGUUUGGGCCAGUUUAUCGCGCCGAGGAAAUAAGAGCCUAGCCUGAAACGGUAUGUUAGGCGAGCCCACAUUCGAUGUCCAAAAAACCCAAGUGUUGGAACUGAAAUUCGAGAUCACGGAAACUCGUUGACGACUUGAUUCUGAACGCUCGAGAGUCCAACGUCCACACCUUCAAAAUGUCCAACGUUUCGGCCGACCUCAUUUGGGAGAUUUCCCGCAACAACAACUCCUUCCUUGUGAAGAGGAAGAAGACUGGUGGCCUUGUCCAGUUCUCUCGGGAUCCCCUCAACCUGGUGAACCUGCACUCGCGCAAGUUUGCGGGCUUCGUCAAUGACAAGGCUCUGGGUAUUGUUCCCAACGAGAAGGGUGGUGUCCAGGUGAUCAGCAAGAAGCCGGCUGCUGCCAACAAGCCCGCUUCUGGGUUGUACACCGUCACCUACGGCGGCAACAAGACAGCCCGCAAGACAUACAAGGCUGUUGCCAACCAGGCCGCCAAGAACAGCUACCGUCCCGACCUUCGGCAAGCCGCCGUUGCCCGCGCCAGCGCCAUCCGCCGAUCCCAGAGACCAGUCAAGCCCGAGCCGGAGAAGAAGCUGAGAGGCGCCGCUGCCAGGAGGGCGGCUGCGAAGGAGUAAACGGGUUUCAAAGGAGCUAGGACGAGUCGGAACGUGUAUCUCUAUAACGAGCCAAAUCCUCGCCGAGAGGUGCAUGACAGGAUCGGAAUGCAGGGCGAUAGGCCAGGAUGGGUUGCCUAUUUGCAUUCAGGGAACUGCUACGGCGUUUGAUAUCCAAAGAAUCAAUCCCUAAAGCGGGGUCUUCCGGAAUGGAAUAAGGAUGGCGUUGCGGCACAAUGUAGAUGUUCGGGUGUACAACGGCUGCGUGCCAAGCUGGCAGUCGGAAUUCCUUGACCGACUUGCGUG